AUGGAUGAAAUACGAUUCCGUGUUAGCGUGUGUCUUCAGCGAUAUUAUAGUGACGAGAGAUCACGAGCGUAUAUUAGUGUGAUACCCAGAUAUCAAGUGCAAUGGCUGGAACAACGUUUGCGAACACUAUUUGAUUUACGCGGCCGCUUCUGCUUGCGCAGUCGCGGUCAUUUGUUACCUUCUGAAGAACCAUUAUCACUCUUACAGCCUGAUGACCCUGUUGAGGUGAUUCCAUUAUCUGGUGAUGUCAUAGAGGAAGAAGAAAAAAUUUUAACAUUAAAUGGAAUGGAGCACUCGCAUUUCCAGAAAAGUUUCAAAUCUAACAACCUGCCUCAUAAAGUCAAUAGAAUAGGUGUUCCGGCCAUAAUGUCACAGAAAGAUGAAAGAGAUGACUCAUUAAUUCAAGUAAAACAACAAGCCCUAGAGCUGUUGGAACGUUUCAGUGGUGAUUCGUCCAUUGUAGAACCUGAUGGUGUCUCAGCUAAAGCUACAUCAGACCCGCCUCGGCGCACACGUCGCCGUGUGCGUCGACGCAAACGACGACCGUCGACUGAAGGCAACAGUGGUGAGGACACUACAGCAACAACGGAGAGACAGAGCAUUGAGAUGGAGACAAUGGGAGAUGCAGGGAAAAACGACUCCAUUGGCCUACGUAAACCGCGACUCGUGCACUCAUUGUCGCCCUCACAAUCU